AUGUCAGUCAUUGCUGGUGAUUUGGAAAUUCGAAAAUCUUCAGAUUUGAUUGAGACCAAAGUAAAUAGUAACAACAGCAGCAGCAAUAAUUCAGCACCACUUGCGAAGCGAGAAGAAGAGGAUGAUGAUGAAGAUGAAGAUGUUUUUAAUAAUGAUUCAACAACAGAAGUCACACAGACAACAGAAACAGUAAAAGUCAACAACAAUAGUGAACACAAUAAAGGCAUAAAUGAUAAUAAUAAAAUUAUAAAUGAUAGUAACAACAAUAAUAAUAAUAAUAACAAUAAGAUUGACUCCACAAGUGAUCAACCACAAAUCAUUCAAACAGAUGAACUUAUAACUGUUGUGGUAAAUGAAAAUUGCAAUGGUAAAUUGUAUCGUGAGAAUCUAAAUGAUAAUUAUAGUAACGAUAAGAAAUUUAUAGAUAUUAGUGAAAGUAUAAAGAAAUUAUCAUCAAAUGAGAACUUUCCAAAGUCAAUCUUAUGUGCAAAUAGUGAUAAUAGUGAACGUAAAAGUCUCUUACGAAAAAAGUCUGUGAGUUUUGAGAAGAAUGAGGAAAUAAAAAAGUUUAUAGUCGGUGAAGAGAUAAUUGAUAAACAAAACCCUUUUCGGAGUGCUUUAGAUGAGAGUGAAAAGUUUCGGAUUAUAAAGAAUUCUAAAAAGUCAUCAAUUCCAACGAAAUCACAAAAUGGUAGUGCUUUUGCGCCUUUAGCUAGUGAAGAGAAUGACUUUAUAACGAAAGAAGAGAUUCUAAAACAGUCUAAAUAUGUUCAAGUGUAUGUAAAGAAUCCAGAUAAAGUUUUAACAUAUGAUAGGACAGUUUUAGACAAACUCAAUACCAACGGUAGUGUUGACACUGAUACUAAACAACAACAACAGCAGCAGCAGCAACAACGAAUUCCAGUCCCAUUACCCCGUAAAUCUACAAACCUUAAUAAUAGUAAUAAAAUACCAAUAGUGAAUAAGAAAAUCGAUAAGAAGGAGAAGAAGAAAAACCACAAAGUACGAAAUCCAAAAUAUCCUGAUUUAUCAGACAUAAAAGUAAAGAUUGGAACAGAUAUCGAUGAGAGUCUUUAUGAUCCGAAUGAAGUUGUCUUGAAUGCCAAAAAAUUCGAUAGUCGAUUUAAGAAAAUUAAAUUUGGUUCGACAGACGAUCUUGAAGAGAUUGUAGAUAGGGAGGAUACGACUGAGUUAAACGGAGGGGAGAAAGAGACGAAAGUUGAGGAAGGUGAAGAGGGAAAUGAAAAAAAGUCAUACACAAACACUGUAAAUAGUGAAGAAUUUCGGCAAUAUUUAAAGAAAAAAGGUCUCGUUCUAUUUCCAAUCAAAACAUCAUCAAAUGGUAUCGAGACAACAGCCUCAAAUAAGAAGCAGUUAAACGGAAGUGCUGUGCUAAGAAAACAACAAAAAGCGCCUGAUACCCUCAAGGAAAUUGACGAGAUUGAUUUCGCAGACAUGGAUGGUGAAAGGUGCAAUGGAAAGAAGAAGUCUGUCUUUCAUCGGCUGUCGAGCAUCUUCUCAACAUCGAAGGGCAAAACAACACCAAAGACAAAUGAGCCAUUAUCACGGAUAUCAUAUUCAUCAUCAACUAAUAAUAAAAAUCACUAUAAUCAGCAACAUGAUAACAACGGUGGCAAUUUAGGAUCGAACAUUAAACGAGUAAUUCUUGAACGAUCUAAUUUUAAUAAUGGUGAUAAUCGAUCGGUAUCAGCUAAUAGCGAAUUUAUGCAACACUUUAGUUCACCGUCGUCAGAUAUGCAAAUUAAACAGCAGCCACAGCCUCAACAAAAUAAUCAUCAUAAUCAUCACAGUCGAUAUAAUGAGAGUGAUGAUACGAAAAGUUCUAUAUCAAGUGUCUUAACGGCAGCCGCUGAUGAUGAUCCACUAGACACGCCUAUAAAUGUCAGGAAGACAAAUAAUACUAAUCAAAUAGCUAAUGGACGUCCAGUUUCGGCAAAUGCAACAGCUGCCAUGCUUUACAGAAACAUAGAUUUAACUAGAAGUAAACUUUAUCAGUCAAAAGUGAAACAAAACAAUAGUGGCAAUAAAAAUGAAAUGAAUGGAAGUGAAAUCCAGCAGGCACAACCUCAACAUUAUUCAUCGACAACAAUGAACAAUGGUACAAGAGAGAAUGAUGAUAUAAUUAAGCCGAGAGUUCAACGACCAUCAAAUCUUUCACGCACUCAGCCUGUCAAUAAGUCAUUAAUCAAACCACCAGUUCCUCUAAGACGCACCAUUGAGAGACAAUCGAUGCCAAUUAUGAGGAGUGGUGAGCGCUAUAAACAAAAUUCUAUGGAACAAAAUAGAACCGUUACAUCAUUUUGUGAUAAUGAGCGAACUCCAAAUAAUUCAUACAUUAAUGGAACAAUUGAUAAGGUGACCUCGACCCCGACAAACGAUGAGAAUAUGAAAGCGACAUUGAAAUCACCAAAAAUGUCACCGAUUGUCAAUCAACAAGCUCAGACACCACAGCAACAGCAUAAACCUAGCGAAAUUGAUCCAAUUACAUUCGCCAAGAUUCAUGAAAUUAAGAAGAAGACAGAUGAGGUUUUACUCAAUAAAACAAAUCAGCUCUAUUCGCGUCCUGCUGAUAUGAAAAUACUUCAGAAUAAUUUGAGACAACAGCCACAACAACAACAACAAAAUUUUGUGAGAAAUUCACCACAACGUGCAACAAUUACAGAUGUCUAUCAAAAUAAAAAUUCUAAACGAGAUGAUUGCGGUAAUGAAUUCAUGGCUUUGCGUCAAUCAACGAUGAAUUCACAGCAUCUAAAUUCUCAACCGCAGAGGUCACAGAGCGUACUGGAUAAUAUGACAAUGAAUAAAAAUUCCCUGUACGGAGAAGUCACUUAUCGUCGUCCUGAUGGAUCAAAUGUCAAUGUAUUAAUGCGGCGACCAGAAUCCUCAACAAUGGAUCGUAAUCAAAUAAUGCAAAAAAUUUAUGAAUACUAUAGGAAGAGUGUCAAUAACACUCCAGUCUCAUUCACUGAAAAUAGCCAGAAGAAUUUACAAUAUAAAACACAAUCGACUGAUACAUCACCAGUAUCAUAUGCCUCAGUCAAUACAAUGCGAUCGACAUUACCGAAAAUCCCACAAAAUCAAAUUUUACAAUUAGCACAGACAUCGACACCACGUUCAAGUUCAUACUAUUCUGACUAUUCGAUAGAUAGAAAAGGAUACUUUUACACACGACCCUCGAGCGUUAGUACAACAAAUUCAAUGAAAUCCGCACGCAAUCAAACAAUCAGUGAAUCUGAUUCCGUUUUCUUACCACCAACAUCAUCAUCAAGUAAUUGCGAGAAUGAAGGCGUUCAACAGCAACCGACUCAUUAUGUUGUCGUAAAUAGUGAGAAAUUAAGGCCAUUUGAUGUACUCAAAAUGCAACAAUAUAAUAAUAAUAAUAAUAAUAUUUCUGCGAAAGAUCAUCGACGGGCUCUGUAUGUAGAGCCUGAGACAAUAUACGACGUCGUUUAUGGCGCACCAUCAGCAACUUCCACUCUAUCGUCUCGCAAAGAGAAUGCGAGCGAGAAUGUUAGUGGAACCUAUGGCAAUAUUACUAACAAUAAAACUAUCGAUAGAUCUCAAAAGAUUAUACAAAGACCGGCAUCCGCAUUGGGAGCCUCAACAGCAUCAUAUCAGCAACAGAAUCGACAUAUGGCGAAUGGUCGAAUGACACCGUUAAUCCUGCAAACGGCACAAGGCGAUUUAAUCUACAACAAUCAAAUUUAUCGACCGAUAUCAACAAUUCCCAGUCAACAGCAACCACAGCUACAGCAGCAACCGAAACAGCCAAUUUAUACAUCACCAAUGCGACGGAGACAAAACUCUAAUAAUAAUUAUGAGAGUGACUCUGAGGCCGGAGAGAUUCAGAGCAUAAUGCAAAGAAAAUAUGAAGAGGAUUACCAAAAUGAAAAGUCAAGUCGGAAUCAACAAAAUGAGCCAGUUGACGAUCGCCGAAGGAGCAGUGGACGACGUAGUGAAGAUCCACGACGACAUACAUUGGGAACGGAAAUGAUGCAUUAUGCAAAUCAAGGUGGAAAUAUGCAACGAUCUAUGGAUCUUGAGAUGGGACAACCACAGAAGUCGAGAAAGGGUGGAAUGCCAAUAAGAGCAUAUACGCCACAACAUCAAGGGCCAUUGUUUGAUGAUGAUCCUGGUAUUAUGUCUGAAGUUGAAACGGCAAGUACGGGAUUUAGACGGGGUGGAAAAUCACGGUCAUCGCUUCCGGUUGUACGAACACCAUCAAAAACUCUAGAACGUCCUCUAGGUUUGGUAUUCUUGCAAUAUCGAUCUGAAACAAAGAGGGCACUUCUGCCAAAUGAAAUAACUUCCAUUGAUACAGUUCGUGCAUUAUUUGUUAGAUCAUUUCCACGUCAACUAUCAAUGGCAUAUCUCGAGGGUCCCAAUGUAAAAAUUUAUAUUCAUGAUUCCAGUAAAGAUAUGUUUUAUGAAUUAGAGGAUGUAAGAUCUCAUCUGCGCGAGAUUCGAGAUCGUUCUGUGCUUCGUUUAUUUGAAUCAAACGAAGUUGCAGCACCGCAAGCUUUGCCAGGUGGACCAGGAAUUCCUCUACCGCAGCCUGUGCCACAAGUUGGCACAUGGGAUCAUGAUCAGAGCUACUUCAGUGAACCAGAAUUUGAUUCCGAAUAUCAACAUCAACAUAUUCACAAAAGCAAGACUGGAAAGGCUCCUUAUUACGUCGGCACACAAACAUUGCCUCGUGGACAUGUUUACAGAGAUCAAUCAAAAAGUUCAAUAGGUGUUCCCGCGAAGCCCAUUCGAUCUUAUGGCAGUAGAGGUAACAUGGCACCUCAAUUUCCAUAUCCAACAGACCAGCUUUACAGUAUUCCAGAUGGUUAUAUGAGCUCACCAGAACGUGGUACGAGAGCAUAUGAAGAGCCUUAUUAUACGCAAUAUGGAACUCGUGGGAGCAGUGUGACGCCAAUAAUCGAUGAAGAACAAAGUGACGCGAUGCUCAUAGACGAUCAAUAUUCAAUGUAUGGAAUGAAGCGAAUUUCACGUAAUCCAAAUCAAAUGUAUGAUCCAGCAAGACCGGAAGAUUUGCAUCGAAUUCGUGUGGAACAUAUGGAACGUCAAUUGGCAAACUUAACAGGUCUCGUACAGAAAGCAUUAGUCCAAAAUCCUCAAAUGAGUUCACCACAACCGAGUUACAUCCAACCGGCACCAGGACCAUACCGAAAUGAUAAAUCAGUUUCAUUCGAGAAGUCUGUAUCAUUUAGUGAUGACAUUCAAGGCGUUCCGAAGGCUCACAGUCCACAACAUAUGGCCGACUCAAAACCACCUAAGCCCGCAAUUAAAUCGUCAACAUUGCCAAGAACUUCAUCGCAAGAACGCGACAGAUUAAAACCUGCACCGCCCCUAAAGCAAAACUCGUUAACAAAUCAAUAUCAGCAUCUGACACUGGCACCGGAAGUCUAUAAUCAUUUGAGAGGAUUACAAAAGAAAACAAAAGAUUUAAAAUCAGAAGUUAAAACAUUAAGACGCCUUGCACAAUCGCAAGCUAUUGCUGUACGUGAAGAUAUUAAGGAUACGUUUAUGAGAAUUCGAGCGACUUUAUUAGCAACGAGUGGUAGUCAUUUUGGACAAAAUGAUCAGGAGCGGACAAGAAUUUCUCGCGAAGAAGAAAUUUACAAGCAAGAAGUCAUCAGAUUAGAAAAAGAUUUGGCGGAUUUGGAAGGGUCAGUGGAGGUUUUACGAGGCGAGGUCAUUAAUAGACGAACAAGAGUAAAUAUGGCAGCUGUAGAGGACAUGGCUCUUGUAUUAAGUCGUGCGAGUAAAACCGUUGCCGAACUCAAAAUGAGAUUUCCAGGCUUACAACAAAAUUUGCGCAAUAUUUUAUCCACCGAAAUGGAUCGAGUGUGUCGUGAGGAGAAGUUCCUUAAAGAAGAACCCGAUAGACUUGAGAUUGCAUUGCGUCGCUGCAAAAAGUUAACAGGAACUUUAGUUACAUUGAAACGCCUCGCGAGUGUCCAAGAGCAACGAACUUGUGUAGAUCCAGCACAACCAACAGAAGAAUCGUCCCCACGAUCAGCAUCUGAAUCAUCAAGCAACACAAAUAAGCCGAUCCCAUCACCACGAUUGGGCGGACAAACAUCGGUCGGUGGAAUCGCUCCUGAAAACGCACUCGAUGCUUUGCUAGAUGAAUUGCAGACAUUUGCUAAGCCACCGAAUCAUAUUGAUCAACUUCAGAUACGACCCGAUGAGUCUACCACAUCCGAUGACAGUUCACAAACCAUGCAAAACACAGUCACAACCAAACUUUCACAAUCCCAACUUUACCCAGAUCCAGCACACCAAUUGCGUCGUCUUCAUUCGUAUCCAUCUGGUUCUGAUACAGAAGAAUCACCACCACGUCCACCUUUGUCCACAAAACCACCAGUUCCUGAGCGAAAUUCAGAACUUUUGUCACGUUAUAGCGGUGCUAAAGGACAAAAGAAAGUUCCUCCACCUCCACCUCCAAGAACAAGCUCAAGAAGUCCUUUGGCAAGUCCCACGAGUCCUAGUUUGUCAAAUAGAUGUAUUGUUGAUCAGCAACAGCAACAGCAUCAGUUAAAUCAAGAACAGCAAUUUAUAAACAACAUCAACAACAAUAAUCAAUUCAUACAAAAUGAUCAGGAUUCGGGAAGUGAGUCAGCCAAUUCACAAGAUAACAAUUCACAGCGUCAAAUGCAACUUGAGCUACGUCAUCAAGAACUAUUGAAGAAGCAAAAGCAAUUACAAGAACAAUAUCAACGUCUUCAACAAAUGAGCAAGAAUGCAAUUCCAUUAGGACAUAACGAGAAUGUGAAGCGAAUGGGAAGUGACACAAAUUUAGCACAAAAGCUUGGCAAUCUCAAAACAACCGAAAAUAAUGCUGAUAAAGUGAAUGAUAAUGUCCCACAACAAACGACAACUGUAACGACUAAUAAAGUUUAUGAAACUGACAUCCUGUAGCAUGAAACGCAUAGACGAUGGAAAGAAUCUGAAUUUUUAUAAAUUUAGACAAGUUUUUAAAAUUUAUUUAAAAGUUGAUACUCACUCUCACAAGCACACAAACAUAUACACAACCACGCAUAUAUGCAUAAGAUAUUAAUCAUCCGUAUGUCACACAAUCUCUCUCACUAACGAUUUUAGCAUACAUUUUUACAUCUCAAAAUGAAUGAAAUAAGAAUUUUUUUAGGACAUAGAAAGUGAAUGCAGCACAUACAUACGCCCGCC